AUGGAGGUUAUGGAAGAAGGAAAUUUAAUGGACAGGGUCCCAGUAUUGUUGCAGAGAGAUCUACAGUUUUAUCAGACACAUCAAAGAGUCCUGCAGGAGCGCAUUUGUCUUGGUGUGGUAGGGGGUAAAUUAGAUUUCCCACGUUACGCCUCGUUUGCCGCGAUUAAAAUUGUUUUAUGGUGGGAAGAUGAAUAUUAUGCUUCCUACCAAAAGCAUUCUGGAUUAUUGCAUGCAGAAUGGGAUCUGUUGUCACAUGAUCCGACAGCUGUUAUUGUGAAAACAUCAGAUCCGGAAAAAUUCGUAAAUCUCGUAACGCGGUCGGCUGAUAUGCUUUUGGAGCAUCUACAUAUACUAUCGCAGGAGUCCUUAGAUCAUGCCGACCUCUCUGUGCUGACUGCAACAAUUGGUGCGGCAGCGCUCAUAAAAAAUUGUUUAAAUAUUUACAUGCAAGCAGCUAAUGUAAAGGUCUAUCGCCCAAAGGGCAAUGAAAAGGGUGGCGCAUUAAGAUUGUCCUACAAGCAAUACUUACAAAUGGCUGAAGCGCUAGCGGAAAGGCUAUUAGAUUUACAUUGUAGACUGCUAUUGUUGUACAUCAUACAAGAUGCAGAUUGUCUUAAUUGGGAAAAUAGUCAACCGUUUUUCGAAUCAGAGCGCGGUUCGUAUACCAUACAAAUGUGGUGGCACUACAUUCAGGGCAUUAAGGACGAUCUGUGGAAUUCAGUACCACCAAAGAUGGCCCAACGUAUUUUUGCGGGCAUUUUAAACGAAACUCUGGGUGUUCUUACUGCGCGUUAUUCGUUAAUUUUAACUAGUGUCGAAAGAGCUCAAUUACACUUGGCAGAUAUCUCUAAUAUGUUGUUUUGUGUGGCAGAAUUGUUGCCUUUCAUCUGCGAAAGUGGUGAAGCCUAUAUAGGUCUACAGCUUCCUACUCAAAAUGCUAUUAUCCGCGAUGUACACGCUAAGUGUCGAGAGUUGUUUUACUGCCUUUUGUUACGUGGUGCGCCGUUAGGAGUGCUGUCAAAGCUUUGUCGUAAAAAUAUUGAAAACAUGGAAAUGUUUUCAUCCAGACAAGGAUUACCAUGUGCUUGGAUCUUAUUUGCAUCACCACGUCUGUUUUCUACGGAUAAGACUUUUCAGUGGGUAACUGAAUUCAGUGACCUCAGCGCGAGAAUUGCAAUAUCGCUGGAAUUGAAGGUACUUUUGGCGUUUCCCGAAGCUGAUUGGGCAUACUUAUUGAAGGUGCUUUUAAUGCGCAACGCACAGGUGACCGGUGUAAUUCUGCGUCAUAUUUUCUCACAUUUGCCGUCACCGGAGAAUUUCAAUAACGAGAACAGCUCAUUUCUCAGCGACGUUGGUGAGCAGAAAAAAUGCGAGGCAUUUCUAUGUCGGGGUGAAUGCUUAGAUUUAUCGCAUCAAAUUAGAAAUCAAGCAGACCCUGUCGGCCAGUCUAACUACCAAAUAGUUUUAUCCCUAACUUAUCUGCUGGUGGCGGUUGGGAAAGCUGUCGAUAUUAAAUCGUGCCUUAUUAAAACCUUAGAAGAGAGUUCUGCGGGUUGGAGUGACUGCCUUGACAAGCGCCAGGUUUGGAAUCAGAAGCGACCACCUUGGCUGGAAGCAACUAUGCAUUUUGUAUAUCCRCUUCUGAAUUGUGUUGUUGACAUGUUAGUUAAUGCUGUCGAAGCGGGAGCUAGUAUGUACCAGGCAAUGUCAUUGGCUUUAACAUGUGUUUCCGAGAUGUGGGAUUGUAUACCCGAGAGCCUUUACAAAGUAACCAUUUUAUUGCAAGACAUCAUACCGGUUUCAACUCGUCCUCUUGGCGAUUCGGUACUCAUGCAAGUAGUUUUUGCAGCUUUAUAUACAGACCUCAUUCGAAAAGCUAAAUUUUAUGAAAAGGAAAACAAAAUGGAGAAGGCAUCAACCUGCUAUUCCAUCUCCGAAGCUAUAUGCUGUAUAGACGAAGACGACAAACAUACCGAUCAAAUCGAUUUAUUCUUAAAGCAAGCACGAGACUCCAUAGCUGUCGAAACAAAUUCUCAUUUUGAAUCUAACGGUGGUGCCCGCAGUUGGGUUAGUACAUUAAGUACGGUGAAGAUUGAUGAUUUAAAUAACACAAACACUGAACGAUUAACACAAAGUCCGCCGAUAAAUUAUGCCUCAGAGCUAGAUGUGGGUAUAGCAGAUUAUAUAGCAGACAUAUUAGUUAGUGAUGUACUCACAAGUAAUAUUGGAAAGCAAGCUUUAAAGACAAGUUAUAGAUAUUUGAAGAAUAAUGCAGAUUGGUUAGAGGAGCAACUGGGCUCUGGGGUCCCCGUUAGUGGGCCAAAUCCGGGACAGAGGAUCAAUGAACCAAAGGAUUCGAUAUUGUCAACAAUGUUUUUUGUUGGGAGUCAUACGUUUGACCAGCUUCUCAGCGGUGUCCUAAACAUCGACUACAUAACUUGGCUUCAAACACCCCUUUCUUUGAAUGCCGAACGCGCAUGGUUGCAUUUGUCCCGUCGAUGCGAUUUCCAGGAAGACUCAAAACUUAGAAUGCCCGAGGUGACCAUGGUCGCUGGUAUUACGCAAGUCAUGAAAAGAAUGAAAUACCCAAAGAAAUUUUAAGAAUAUUUCUAAUUGACACACAUAUUUAAAAUACACACACAUACAUAUGCACA